AUGUUUUCUAUUUCAUUAUUAUUCAUCUCUCUUUUAUUAUCGUUUGCUAAUUGUAAACCAACAGUUAAUAAUAUUUCUGAUUUGUUACCACGUUUAUUAUUAAUAUCGUUCGAUGGGUUUCGCUAUGAUUAUCCAGAUAUUUAUACAUUAAAAAAUUUUCGUUCGUUACUUGAUCGUGGUGUUCGUGUUCAACAUAUUAUAAAUAGUUUUACAACAACAACAUUUCCAAAUCAUUUUACAAUUGUUACUGGCCUAUAUGAAGAGACACAUGGUAUUGUUAAUAAUAUUAUGUAUGAUCCUAUACUUAAUGCCAGUACAAGUUUCGACACAAUGAACGAUACAAAAUGGUGGAGUCAAAAUUCAUAUAGUGAACCUAUUUGGAUGACGAAUGAAUUACAGAAUAAUAAUGGUAAAGUGGAAACAAAAAGAAGAUCGGGAGUAAUUUCAUGGCCAUCAACUGGUACACCGGUUAAUGGUCAUAUGCCAUCAAAGUAUGAAAUUUAUAAUGAAACACGCCGGUUUGAAACAAUUAUAGAUCAAAUAAUCAAAUGGUUCAAAGAUCCAAAUGAGCCAAUUAAUUUUGGCACAAUUUAUUUUUAUGAACCAGAUCAUACAGGCCAUAUUUACGGUCCAUUAUCAUCUCAAAUGAACACCACUUUACAAUAUUGUGAUCAAUUGUUAGGAUAUCUGUUAGCACAGAUUGAUAACGAUCCAUAUUUAAAACAGAAUUUAAACGUUAUUUUAACGUCAGAUCAUGGUAUGACAGAAGUAGAUGAAAAACGCACAUUAAAAUUAGAUGAUUAUAUUGAUAGUUCGUUAUAUUCUGCUUACGGUGGUUUAUCACAAAUGAAUAUAUUUCUACAUUCAGGUUAG